AUGUCGACCGGUGGUGUGGUCUACAAGGACCUCCUACCUAUUCCCGAUACGGAUCCUACUGAGUAUGAAGGCAAAUCGACCACGCUACGCGAUGCACCUACGGAGAGCCAUGCGCUAGCUCUAGAAGCUGCCAGGGUUCCCCCUACAGAGGAGAAGGGUGCAGCUCAGGUCGAACAUCAGAAAGAGGUUGUGGAUUUGGGAUGGAACGAGCCAAAAGAACAUGUCGCCAAGCCUCUCGUGGGAGGGCUCGACAAUGAGCAUGUAUGGAUGCUUGUUCGGCGUUUUAACAAGCAAAUAUAUCAAGUCAAAGAGAUACCGACAGCACCUCCUGGAGGAUUAGAUCUCAAUGUUGCUGACGAAGAAGAGUUUACUCCGGACAAGUUUCGUGCAAACCUUGAGCGCCUCUAUAUGACUAUUAUCAUCGGCAUAAUCGGAUUUGCCAAGCACAUUGCUCGCAUUCGAUCAUGGAGAGAAUCACGCCGCACUACAUGGUUUUGUUCCGCCUACUUUGCUGCUUGGACCUUCGACAUGAUCAUGCCUCUACUCUCAGUCGCUCUGCUGACGCUGAUCGUUCACCCACCUGCUCGCGAAGUCAUGUUUCCUCCGGCCCCUAUCGCCCUCGUAAGCUCCAGCGGAGGUAUCCAGAAGCCAAAAUCAGGAACUCUUGGAAGCAUUGACAGCGUCACUGGAGCGCCCGAAAACCACAAGGGUGAAGCCGUAGAACAAGAGGCCACGAAUUUCGUCUACGGCUUCGCCACUAUUGCACUGUCAAGCGCGACUGGCAAACAACCUGAGGUCGAACCUAAAGAAGAUAAGUCACCGGAUGAUAACAUUUCAGAUACCACUCGACUUGCCAUGGGUGUUGCCCAUGCCCAAGACAAAGCAUCCGGUAAUAAGCCCGACAAGGACCAUGAUAAGACCAAAGUACCUUUGGAGACUGCCAUGUGGAGCAAGAUGAGGCCAAUCAUGCAUGCCCUUUCAGACAUUGCAGAUACCUGGGAACGCUUUGCGAACAUGCUUGACCCAACUCCUCCGUUCCCACAAAACAAGUUCCGUCUUCGUCUUGGAGCAGUUGUCGCUCCCAUCAUAUUCAUCUCAAUGUUCGUAUCGUCUUAUGUCUUCAUGAAGGGCGUUACAUUCGGUAUUGGAUUCGGUUUUUUCGGCGACCCAGUCAUCCAACGAGGACUUGCACUUCUUGACAGGAAAUUUCCCAAGUGGAAGAAACUACUCGAACUCCGCAAUACGCUUCUUAAAGGCGUUCCUACGAACGCCCAACUCACAAUUACCUUGCUCCGUCUUGGCGAGGCGAACAAAGCUCCCCUACCACCUCCACCACAUAUUACGCACCCACCAGCAGAGCAAACCGCACACGUUGGUUCAGAAGAACUUCGUGCCAUGGGCGUGGACAGGGCACUCAACGCCACAAAAGAAGAGCUCGACGACGCCAUCGCAUACGACCCCGAAGUAGGCUACGAAGCGAGCGGCGAAGGCUCCGAAAAAGACAGCAAGCACGUCAAGAAGGGCAGCAAGAUUCUCAGUUUCUUCCGCGGCACCGCCAAAGGUGCCGUCGAGACUACACGGGGCGCCGACAAACUCAAAGCUGCCGCUGGCUCCACAAACGCAAAGAACAGACUGGGUGCCCUCCCGCCUCGAAACGCCGAUCUCACAUCUGGCCCCGUCGAAUUCAAAGCCCGAUUCGACGGUAAAAAGGGACACGCAUACAUUGCUACCAAAUCCACUAUUCCUUGCAUUGCCUUUUCGACUGACAACACGAUUGAGAAGAUUGGCAGCGUCGACAGAGAGGAUCUACAUCCGUUGUGGAGUGUACCCGUCAACGACAUUAUCGAUAUCAAGAAGGUGGGUGGGUUUGGAUGGAAGGCCAAGAUGGUGGUGGGGUGGGCUAUGGAGCGCGAGUUGGCGGAUGGUUUGAUUAUUACUGAUUCCAAGUUGAAUGAGUACCGGAUUAUGGCGUUGCCGUUGAGGGAUGAGCUGUUUAACCGGCUUAUUGCUAUGGGUGGGCAGAAGUGGGAGAGUUGGUAG